UUGAUACUACCAUAUAUGAGCAGUAUAAAUAAAACUCCCUCCAACUAGACCUUCCUCUCCAUUACUCACUGGUGUAGCUAGAUGUCGACGAUAAUGGGAUCAUCUUAUACGGCCGCAGCGAGCCGGUCACCGGUUCUGCCGGCCUCCCCUCUCGUGCUAGCCCGUGGUUCAUGGAGGCCAGCGGUGGCGGCAUUCCGACCUUCCGCAGCCGUCAAGUGCCGGCGGCCACUUACGGUGACCUGUGCGCUCCCGGACAAAGAACGGCCGCCGGCGUUCAGCAUCCCGCCCACCGCUCUGCUGUGCCCCGUGCCACCGCCGGACGGGAAGGAGCGGUGGGACAUCAAGGAGGAGGAUGACCGCGUCACGCUGUGGCUCCAGGUGCCGGGGCUGUCGGCUAGCGACAUCGAGGUGACCACCGGCGAGGACGUCCUGGAGAUCAAGCGGAAGGUCACGAGCCAGCAGCAGGCGGCGGCCGUGGACGCGCACGGCGUGGGCGCGUUUCACAUCCGACUGCUCAUGACCAAGGAGUACGACGGGAGCAGGGCGACGGCCGACCUCAAGGCCGGCAUGCUGGAGGUCACCGUGCCCAAGAACCCGCAGCGCGAGGUCAAACGCCUCGAGCUGGGGAAGCCCGCGCCCCGUGGAACGAGGAAAGGUUCCGAUGAAACGAGAUCGGACCCAAACCGGGCAAACAAAGGACAGGGGGGUCUAGCUGGCUGAGGGCUUUGCAGUGUAUCGGCCGCCCUUGCUUUCCUUCUGUACGUGUUCAAAUAAGCCUCUCAUUUUCAGUUCCCCAUGGAAUGACGGAGAGAGACUCAAGCCACAGCAAUCAGCUUUGGAUCACUUGUCCCAAGUAGUGAGCUUGCCGCUGUGUUGAUGUAUCUUGUGUGUAUCAUUGAAGAACCUAUCUUUAUUUCUUUACAAGGAUCGUUUCCUUUUA